UGAGUCAGGCUGUAUGAUGCUACUGCUGCUGUGCUGCCGUCGCUCUCUGCUGCCAUUUCAUCUGCGCCGAUUAGCUCCAAACACUCAGCAAACACAGAAGGGAGUUUUCGGGAUCCCCACCACCACCUCAUCAUCCUCACAGCCCGCUCCCCCCCGCCCCCCGCCGCCCCUCUCCCUCAGACGUUAUUGACAACGGGGGGCUCAGUUUGAACCGGUCUUCCGCAGGAUCCGUGUGUUUUUCAAAGAAGCUUCACCUGCUGCUCUGGAUGCGCUUCUGUCUCAGCUGUCCGGCGGGGGGCCCUGACCGUAAGAAACGGAACAGCUCCGGACUCCAGCGAACCAGUGUGUGUUUGUACUUAUAAUACUAAUAAUACGGAGUCCGCAGAUUAUUAUUAUUAUUUUUUUUUUUGCGGCCUGAGCGUCGAACCAGUCCGGCUUGUUGGUGCCAUGGAGCUCUCAUCGGCCUGGUCCUGAACAGCAACACCGGCCUAAAGCGGACCCACUUCCUGCUGCAACUCGCGCCGACGCACGCGCACCUCGGGCGCUCCACACCUCAGCAGACCGCAGCACCGCGCGGAGCGACGCAGUCAGCCGUCAUGGAGGCCAUAUGGCUCUACCAGUUCCGCCUCAUCGUCAUCGGGGACUCCACGGUGGGCAAGUCGUGUCUGAUCCGGCGGUUCACGGAGGGUCGCUUCGCCCAGGUGUCCGACCCCACCGUGGGCGUGGACUUCUUCUCCCGGCUGGUGGAGAUCGAGCCCGGGAAGCGGAUCAAGCUGCAGAUCUGGGACACCGCGGGGCAGGAGCGCUUCAGGUCCAUCACCAGAGCUUAUUACCGUAACUCUGUGGGCGGGCUCCUCCUCUUCGACAUCACCAACCGCCGCUCCUUCCAGAACGUCCACGACUGGCUGGAGGAGGCGCGCAGCCACGUCCAGCCGCACAGCAUCGUCUUCCUGCUGGUGGGCCACAAGUGCGACCUCGAGGCGCAGCGCCAGGUGACCCGGCAAGAAGCGGAGAAGCUGGCCGGGGCGUACGGCAUGCGCUACAUCGAGACGUCGGCGCGCGACGCCAUCAACGUGGAGCAUGCCUUCACCGAGCUGACCAGGGAGAUCUUCGCCUUGGUGCGGUCCGGCGACAUCACCAUCCAGGAGGGCUGGGAGGGCGUGAAGAGCGGCUUUGUACCCAACGUGGUUCACUCGUCAGAGGAGGUGACCAAGAGCGACCGCCGCUGCCUCUGUUGAUCUGGGUGAACUGAGGAUUCAAAAAGGGAGAGGACGCCGAGCGGAGCCGCCGCCGAUGACGGCCUGAACUGUCGGCCGUACAGACGGAGGAACUGUACUUCCUUCAGACUGAAUACGGAUUUGGAGGGGUUGGGAAACUCAGUGAACAUGCUGGUUCUCGGUGUCGACGAACAUCAUAACAACAAGCGGAGGACUUAGAGGGAUGGAUCCGUCUCUGUACAUGUUUUUCGUUCUCAGAGGGGAAAGGGUCAGAGUUGUUUCGACUAGACUGCUUUCCUAGAACGUCUCGCAAAAGGCCUUAGAAACCGGAUCUGUUCAGAUGGCUUUAUCGUUUUGAUUUCUGCCAUUACCUCCUUUCCAUUAGACACCUCUCAAUAUGCAAUUUUAUGAUCACAUUAACAAGAGAUCACAUCUUUCUUUACUCGUUUCUUCUAAAGCACCAUAUAGCGUCGUUUGGUCAUGUCCUAAGCAUUAAAGUCGUUUCUCCUUCGCCGAUAUGUUGUUUCACGUUCCAGAAAUCAAUAGAGAAGUCCUGGAGGUCUUAAAAAAAACAAAAAUAACUGUCGCUUUUCUACCUUACAAAAGUAUUUAUACCACUUAAACAUUUUUUUAAACUUAUUUUCAACCUUGCAACUACUAAGUUCAAUCUAUUUAAUUGCCGUUUUUGUGGUAGUCCAACAUAAAGUGGGACAAACAUGUGAAGUGGAAAGUAAAUGGUACGCAGUUCUCGUAUAGGGUCCUUGCAUCCUUAAAGUCUUAAAUUCAUGUAUCUAAGAUUAAGGCCUUGAAAUGUCUUAAAGUCAUAAAAAAAAUGUAAGUUGACCUUAAUCAAUUUUGUCAAGGCAAUGCUAUUUAAUCUGGCAUAUGCUGUCUAGUUUGUGUAAAGUUUGAGUCACAGACAUCUUCAUCGUAGCGGUUGAAGCUAGCACUAACUAGCUGGUAAUGUACCCGUUAGCUAGCUAGGUUUUUUCAUCUUUCAUGGGUAAGUGGAAAUUAAUUGCCAGUUGUCUGGAUAAUGUUCGUAUUCGCCACUGGCUCACAUCUGUUGCUAACUAACAUGAUGCUACAUACAUUUUGUUCAAAAAAAACCUUGGCCUUACUUCUAUAUAAAAUAUGCAGUAUUAUUUUGUAAAUUUCUGUCAUGUUACAAGUUUUAAAUUUUAUUCAUUUUGUCCUUAAUUCGGACUUAAAAAGUCUCAAAUUUGAGUUGGUGAAGAAACCGUUUCAAAUCUGAUUUGCUUAGGGAAUUCAACAAAUAUGUGGAAGAAAACCUGCUAAAGCUUUUCUGGACUAGGCCCAGUCAAAGUCCAGACCUAAAUCUAAAAAAAUAAAUCAGUGACAAGACUUAAAGAUUGAUGAUUCAAGACUUUCUCCAUCCAAUCUUUCGGAACUUGAACUAUUUUGCAAAGAAGAAUGGGCAACCAUUUCAAUUGCAGAUGCCCAACGCUGGUAGAGACAUAAUGCAGGAACAAAAGGUGGUUUUAUAAAUCGGUAAGUUUCUAAUGAGAGGGGAACAGGACAGAGGGAAACCCAACUCCUCUUUCCACCAAGUCACGGUUGCUCUCAAGGUCUCCUCUGAGGUUCUUCACAGUCAUGCGCUACGUUGUGUUGGUCUGUCACAUAAAAUCAAACUAAAACACAUGAUCCUUUUUGGUUGCAAUGUUACAAAAUGUGGAGAAAAAAAAUAGUGGGCAAUAAAUACUUUUGCGAGAUUUAAGACCUCCAGCGAACUCGAUGACAUUGACCUGGUUGCUUUAACCAUCUUGUGUAAAAGUCACGCAAUAACACGACACCUCCCUGCUGUUCCCAACGGACUCCAACUGCACGAAGACAAAGUGUACAGCUGAACUCGUGGAGGUGGAGCUGCGGGCACGUCGAACUUCAUGUCCGCCUGUUUUAUUGAACACACCAGGUGGAUUUGUUGAACUCUCUUGGAGUCUGUUUGGAGCAGGAAAGCACCUUAAUAGUCAAGUCUGUCUACACAGGGAAAGCCUUAUUUGGUAUACUUCAGUUCUCCAAGGCCAAACCGACAGAGACUGACUAAUCACAUCAACGGGCACUCGAUGAAUGGACUCCACGGCAACACUACGUAACCAACAAUGCACGCUAACGAAAGAAGGAAAAUCACCCCAAAGAAAGCCGGCCAAUCAUAGCCACACUACGAGAUUCAGUUCUGUUCAGUACGAGUUGCUCAUGUUGUUUUGAUCUGUGAAAAUGCAGUGUCAUAUAUGAGUUUAUCGCUUAAGUUCAACCCUGCAGUUUCAGCUCACCACCAUCAUAGCUUCGCUAUGACAUUACAUGUGAGGCGCACAAUAUAAAGAGAAGACUUAAACUGCUUCAAAUGUAGUUUUUCUAACCUUAUCUUUACCUAAAUUUGAUGAUUACAUUUCAAGAUGCAUUCCAACCCCUGACAUGAAAAUUAAAAGAAAUAAUGCUUA